CCCGACCCGCCCCUUCCCCCCGCGCCGGAGGUGCCGCCAUGGCGGGGCCGGCGCUGCCCACCCCGCGGUACGGACACCUGGGCCCGCGGGGGCCCUUCCGCGACGUGUACGAGCCGGCCGAGGACACCUUCCUGCUGCUGGAUGCGCUGGAGCAGGACGCGGGCCGCCUGCGGGAGGCUCGAGUUGAGAUCUGCCUUGAAAUAGGAUCUGGAUCUGGUGUGGUUUCAACAUUUCUAGCUUCUUCCAUUCUUGGAUCCAGUGCACUGUACAUAUGUACAGAUAUCAACCCCAUGGCAGCUUACUGUACACAGGAGACAGCUCGGCUUAACAAUGUUCACCUUCAGCCAGUCAUUACUGACUUGGUCAAAGGAUUGUCUCCAAGACUAAAUGGGAAGGUUGAUCUGCUGCUGUUUAAUCCACCAUAUGUGGUAACACCUUCCGAAGAGGUGAAAGGCCAUGGAAUAGAGGUAUCCUGGGCUGGUGGCAAACAGGGCAGAGAGGUAAUGGAUAGAGUUUUCCCUUUAGUACCAGACCUUCUUUCACCAGGAGGAUUAUUCUACUUGGUCACAAUUAAAGAAAAUAAUCCAGAUGAAAUUCUGGAAACAAUGAAGAAAAGUGGCUUAGAAGGCAUACAAGUACUUUCCAGGCAAGCAGGACAAGAGAAGCUGACUAUCCUCAAAUUUAGGAAGUCUUGAUAAUUUCUCUUCACCUUCCAGCUAGUAGGCAUGCAGAAAGUUGAACAUCUAGUUGUCAGCUGAACACUGAAGUUGUCAAAUAAUUUUUAAACCAAGAUUUUGACCUUCUUGAGGUGUACUCUCACUUCCUGAUUACUGCAGUGAGACUGAUCAAGACUCUGUAUUUAUAUUUAUUCUGAAUGUGAACCAGCUGUUGUCUGCUGGCAGAGGUACAGUUAUCCUCUGGCUAUCUGCAGGGCAGUUGUGGAGGAACCAUGAAGUAACCCACCCUGCUGCAUUUGCACUUAAGCACCAAAGGCUUUUUCCUCUAUAAAUAAGUAUUUGUAUAUUUGUCAUUGUGUCUUGUUAUAAUAAUGUACUUGAUGUAAUUCCUCCUGGUUUUAUAGCUAGUUUGUAGCUAUGCUGGGUUUAAAGGAAUACUUUGAAUCCAUGGUACUCCUUUUGAUGUAGUAUCAGGCACCUUUACAGGUCUAAGGCACAAUGAGCAAGUUUGUUUCUGUCAGAAGGAAAUGGUGUACUUCUGAACAGAAAGGAGAAGCAAGUGUCUUUCCUGUGCCACGUCCUGCCCUUGGGUCACCACAACCCCCUGCAGCGCUACAGGCUGGGGGCAGAGUGGCUGGAGAGCUGCCCAGCAGAAAAGAACCUGGGGGUGCAGGUUGACAGUGGCUGAACAUGAUCCAGUGUGUGUGCCCAGGUGGCCAAGAGGGCCAAUGGCAUCCUGGCCUGUGUCAGCAAUAGUGUGGCCAGCAGGACCAGGGCCCCUGUGCUGGGCACUGGUGAGGCCACACCUCAAAUCCUGGAUUCAGUUUUGGGCCCCUUAGUUCAGGAAGAAUGUUGAGGUGCGGAAGCAUAUCCAGGGAAGGGCAAGGGAGCUGGGGAAGGGUCUGGAGGGCAAGUCUGAUGAGCAGCUGAGGGAGCUGGGGGUGUUUAGCCUGGAGAACAGGAGGCUCAGGGGACACUUUGUCACUCUACAACUCCCUGAAGGGAGGUUGCACCCAGGUGUGGGUUGGCCUCUUCUCACAGGUAACAAGUGACAGGAUGAGAAGAAAAAGCCUCAAGUUGUGCCAGGGGAGGUUUAGAUUAGGUAUUAAAAAAAAAAUAAAUUCACACAGAGAGCUGUCAAGCUUUGGAAUAGGCUUCCAGAGAAAGGUGGAGUCACCAUCCCUGGAAAUGUUCAAAAAACAUGUGGAUAUAGCACUUGAGGACAUGGUUUAACAGUGAACAUGAAGUGGUGGUGGGUUGCUUGGACUUCAUGAUCUUAAAGGUCUUUUCAACCCUAACAAUUCUAUGAUUCAAGGCAUGCUAUUCCUUUCCUGAAGUCUUCUGGGCAGUAACAUGGUGAUUGUGCUCCCUUUUAUGCCAUUUUACAAGGAGGAUACUACUAUGGAGUAAUCUAGAUGAAGAGUAGUCAUCCAUGAAAAGGUAUUAAGGAGGAAAAAAGCAUGCAGUUAAAAAAGUCUAGUUCCUGGGUAACUGAAAACAAUGACUGCAAGGAAGUAGAGAAGUGGAAUAAAAGUCCUUUCUCAAAAUCACUAUCCAAAAUAGGAAGGUAUUUCCUGACCAACAGACCCCAAUGGAGAGCUUUCCUCUGCAGUGACCUAAAAAACUUCUCCAGGAGACUGAAAAAAGGAGGGUUUAGACAGGCAGAAGUGGAGGUGCUGUUAGCACAAACAUGCCUUUCUAUGCCACUUGAGGUAUUUGACUGCAAAGAAGCUCAUAUAGGUCAAAAGUCAACUUAGGCCAGUCUGGCAUAAAAAUUAUUCCUUAAAUCAUCCUGAAGAAGAUAGAAAAAAGGACUGAAUUGCAGGAAAUGUGCAGUGGUGGUUGUUUUACACUCUUGACAGCUGCCGUUCCCCAGCUUAGCAGGCCACUGAAGAACAAGGCUGCAAGUCAAUUCAACAGUUCAAACACAGCUAACAGCUCCCUUCAGUAGCUUUUCUGUCCAUUUGUUUUUAUAUGAAUGAACACGAAUGUGAACACAAACACACAACAAGAGGGUUUAGAAGGAAGAUGCAGUCAUGAUAAAGGUGUUGCUUAACAUUUAUACAAUAUACUAGAAAUUACAGUUCUUGAAACUACUGAGGCUAAAAAAAAAUUGCAUUUCCUUGACCAAAGUGAGGCUUGACUCAGGACUUUGUUUUACCUUCUGAAUAACUUGUUAAGAGAAACUUUGUGCCAUAUGUGAUAUGAAGUGUUUCCACACUGAAGAUUUUAAGCAAAGUUUUGAUUUUGUAGUGACCAGCUAGUCACUUCUGAGAAGCUAUAUUGCAAUUUGCCUGCUUCCUACUUCUAGAACCUUUUUGACUUGAUGACAGACCUUAGCAAAGCCACACUUUUUUUUUUGGCUUCAGUUUCCCCUUACAAAACUGUUAGAAGAGGUUUUAUGCACAAUUUUGUCUUUCUGUAGAAUCAUGGGAUUUGAUGUUAUAGGCACAGGGCUGUUUGAAUGAACCAAAAUGCUGUCACAGCCAUAGACCCCUCUAGAAGUUUUACGGUGUUGACCGCUUUGGCUAAUCAAAAGAUUUUAAGAUGCCAUCAAAACAUGCAAUAGAAUUAAGCUACGUGUUU